AUGAUGCCAUCUGCGAAUGUACUGGAGAGUCAGAUCACACAGAAGAUCCAUGAAAUCAAUACACAUUACCAAAAUUAUGGCAUCGGAGGCUUGGCCGAGGCGUACGAGGAAUUCAAGCGAGAAGUGGCUAAAGCAGAGGCGGCAGCUUAUAAAGGUGAAGCAGGGCGGUUGGUGUUGGAACGAAUCAAAGACCUCGAAAACUUGUUUGCAACAGUUACAGGAAAUGAGGUGAAAGAACUUUCCAUGUUCAUGCGAGACUCGGAGGCAUUGAAGCGAACAGCUGAGUUUGCUUCCAUUAACGCAGAAAACAUUCGGUAUGGUAAUCUUGGUGGCUCGCUUCUGUCAAAAGAGUAUACAACUGCGGUCAAAAAAUACAUGAACCCGGAUGCUUUAAUGGGCCCUCAAGACGAAGCAGACGAUCAAAUUGCUAAUCAGGAACAAGCAAAUGAAGCGUUCAAUUCAUUUAACUGGUCACGAUUAGGCCACUGGUUCUAUCUGCGAGGAAACGUUGCGGUGCCAUCAUAUUUCCUAUAUGGCCCUUUGGCUACACAAAGAAGACGGCUUGCUCCGAGGACAAGGAACGUGGACGACACACUUCACAAUCGAGAUAAAACAACGGCGCAAAAUGUGUCUGCUUCAGAAGUCCAGGACGACCCAGAACAAAGCACCUCGCAUAUGGUUCGAACAGUUUAUGGGGUUUUGAAUGAGCGGGACCACACUAGCAAAGUAAAUUUGUUUCGGUUUUUCAUCAAUCCCCAUUCUUUUGCUCAGUCGGUAGAAAACCUCUUCUACACGAGCUUUCUUGUACGUGACGGAAAAGUUAUAGUCGAUGUUGAUGACCAAAAUGUCCCGUAUGUGAAAAUCCCUGAUGAAGAUUAUGAAGAUGUGGAAGAAGGCAGUGCCAUUUCUCAUCACAUAGCCACAUUUGAUUACGAAGCAUGGAAAACUUUAAUCCGUCAGUUUAACAUAACUGAACCGUACAUUCCUCAUCGGGAUGUGGAAGAAGACACGUAUAGCGAUCUGGAUGGAUAG